AGUAGAAACGCCGGCCAGGCCUCGACUGCCGGGCCGGGCUUCAGUGGGGAGACAAGCCCCGCCCCGCCGCCGCCUUUGCUAGGCCUCGACUUAGGCUGCGGAGCUGGCUCGGGAGGCCCUGUUCUUGGUCGCACUUCUCUAAGCCAGUGGUUUCCGGUGGCAGGGCGUGGAAGUGGCUUGUCCCGUUUGGGGGGAGUAGUUCUGGGGGACCAGGAGAGAGCUUUUCCUCCUCGAGCGCGGAUCCGCUUUUGAAUGUUGCCGCCGGCGCAGUCAGUCGGCCAGCGGACGUAGCAGAUGGUAACAGGUCCUUUUCUGUUUCCUGCUUAGAUAAGUUCCUUUAGCAUUUGUUGUAGGGCUGGUUUGGUGUUGAAUUCUCUUAGCUGUUGCUUGUCUGUAAAGCUUCUGAUUUCUCCGUCGAAUCUGAAUGAGAUCCUUAUUGGGUAGAGUAUUCUUGGUUGUAGGUUCUUCCCUUUCAUCACUUUAAAUAUAUCCUGCCACUCCAUUCUGGCUUGCAGAGAUUCUGCUGAGAAACCAGCUGUUAACCUUAUGGGAGUUCCCUUGUACGUUAUUUGUUGUUUUUCCCUUGUUGCUUUUAAUAACUUUUCUCUGCCUUUAAUUUUUGUCAGUUUGACUACUAUAUGUCUUGGCAUGUUUCUCCUUGGGUUUAUCCUGCCUGGGGCUCUCUGCACUUCCUGGACUUGGGUAGCUAUUUCCUUUCCCAUAUUAGGGAAGUUUUCAACUAUAAUCUCUUCCAGUAUUUUCUCAGGUCCUUUCUCUCUCUCUUCUCCUUCUGGGACCCCUAUAAUGUGAAUGUUGGUGCAUUUAACAUUGUCUCAGAGGUCUCUUAGGCUGUCUUGAGUUCUUUUCAUUUUUUUUUUCUUUAUUCUUUUCACAUCAGUGAUGAUCACCAUUCUGUCUUCCAGGUCACUUAUUUGCCCUUCUGCCUCCGUUAAUCUGCUAUUGGUUCCUUCUAGUGUAUUUUUCAUUUCAGUUAUUGUGUUGCAUAUAUCUGUUUGUUUGCUCUUUAAUUCUUCUAGGUCUUUGGUAAACUUUUUGAUCUUUGCAUCCAGUCUUUUUUCAAAGUCCUGGAUCAUCUUCACCAUCAUUAUUCUGAAUUCUUUUUCUGGAAGGGUGCCUAUCUCCUCUUCAUUUAGUUGUUUUUCUGGGGUUUUAUCCUGUCCCUUCAUCUGGUACAAAGUCCUCUGCUUUUUCAUUUUCUCUAUCUUUCUGUGGCUGUGGUUUUCAGUUCCACAAGGCAAAAUAUUGCUGAUUGCCGAGACCAGCUUGGCAACUCAAGAAACUAUGUGAAGCAACACUCUUUUUGGAUUUCAUAAGACGUUUCAUCAUGGGACAGCAAAUAUCGGAUCAGACGCAGUUGGUUCUUAACAAGCUACCAGAAAAAGUAGCAAAACAUGUAACAUUGGUUCGAGAAAGUGGCUCCUUAACUUAUGAAGAAUUUCUUGGACGAGUAGCAGAACUUAAUGAUGUAACUGCUAAAGUGGCUUCUGGCCAGGAAAAACAUCUUCUCUUUGAGGUACAACCUGGGUCUGAUUCCUCUGCCUUUUGGAAAGUGGUUGUACGAGUAGUCUGUACCAAGAUUAACAAAAGCAGUGGUAUUGUGGAAGCGUCACGGAUCAUGAAUUUGUACCAGUUUAUGCAGCUUUAUAAAGACAUCACAAGUCAAGCAGCAGGAGUAUUGGCACAGAGCUCCACUUCUGAAGACCCUGAUGAAAACUCAUCAUCUGUAACAUCUUGUCAGGCUAGUCUUUGGAUGGGAAGGGUAAAGCAGCUGACUGAUGAGGAGGAGUGCUGUAUCUGUAUGGAUGGUCGAGCUGACCUCAUCCUGCCUUGUGCUCACAGCUUUUGUCAGAAGUGCAUUGACAAGUGGAGUGAUCGACACAGGAAUUGCCCUAUUUGUCGCCUACAGAUGACGGGAGCAAAUGAAUCUUGGGUGGUGUCAGAUGCACCCACUGAAGAUGACAUGGCUAACUAUAUUCUUAACAUGGCUGAUGAGGCAGGCCAGCCCCAUAGGCCAUGACCUUGAGGUGAAACAUUCUGUUGCUAUGUGGGCUACAAACACUUUGAUCGUGGGGGAAGAAUGCAGGGACGCAGAGAAAUCAGUUUUCCCCACCCUUUUAUUUUCACUAUUCUGACAAUUUUUCCAUUUCUUUUGAUAAAUUUUCCAUGUCUUCCAUUUAUGGUAAACUAAAAUUUGCUACUGUUUUAGACCAUAUUUUCCUAUUAUUUAUCUGUUCUAAUAUAUAUUAGGACUAAUUGCUCUUGAAUCCUUUGCUGAAAUAACAGCAACAUUUCCAGGGGCUUCUGAAACACUGUUAUUUUUCAGGACAAGAGUAUUCUCGAAUCUGUUUAGUUAGGUUUAAAAUAAACCUUGAAUGUUAGAAAGCUGUAGCCGAGAGAAAAUCUUAAAUGACCGAAAAUGUAGAAUAUAUCAAAGUGCAUGUUACUGCUUAAAUUAGUCUUUCUGCUGGAAUCUAAGGAGUAUGUGUGCCCCCUUGUGGUUACCUGUUGCUCCUUUAAUAGUUUUUACUUGAAAUAACCCACAGUUAUUUCAUAACUAACAGUGUGUUUUGGAACGACCUGUUUUUUACUUAAAAGUCUUCCCCCCUCCUCCAUGCUGUAUAAUUUGGGUGAGGACUAUAAAUGUGGGCAGGACUUUCUGCUGGGGAAUCUUCUUGGCUCUUCUGGAAAUGCUUUGGGACACUGUUCUAAAUAGCUUUUCAUAAUCCUUAUGCAUCUUGGAGUUUCAGAUGGAAAUUUUUCUUCAUCACAGACCCUGAGUUUUAUGUCCAAAUUAUAAGUCAUUCAGUAUCAGUGUAUGGUGCUUUUAUUUUCUUAAUUUGAAGGCAUCUUUUUGAGGUCCCAAAGUCUUCAAAUUUCUUAGAUUGAGAAAAGAAAAUUGGGUGUAGCCUUUUAACCAUAUGUACAUAAAACACCUCUGAAAAUUAGCAGAUAAUCUGACUUUCUUAUGUUUCACUGCAUUCAUUUGAAAUACUCUGAAGGAGUACAGUUAUCAUGUUCAGUGGCACUUGAACCAUUUUUUUAACAUUUCGCUUAUAAAGUAAAAUUUUUUAUUUUAUGCUAAACCGUAACGUUUCAGCACAUAAUAAGCUAGGGCCUGAUGUCUUUAAAAAGUAUUUUAACAUUCCAUGUAACUUUUCUGAUUUAUUGUUGGUAAAUUGCAAAUAUUACUAUUUUCCAGAGUACCAAAGUAUACAAUUUAAGUUGCUGCUUAUUGACAGCAGAAUUUUCGGAUACUAGGGAUUUUAAUAGGCAUGCAGAUGAAGUAAUUCAUUUUUAGGAAAAAUGUCUGACCAAAGGUAACUUGAUCUUACCCCAAAAUACUGAGAAUUGGUUGACAUUCAUGAUGGGGGCAGCUCAGUACAAAACAACUAGAUAUUUGCUAUGGAUGUUUAUGCAGGCGGAGUACUGGGGGCUCUAUCCUGUGAGCACGCUUGAUGGCUUGUGACCUAGAGAAAGCCCCUUCCUCUGGUUUGUAGGUUCUUACUUUAGAAACAGACUUUAUCUAUGAUUUUCACUAUUUUAGCAGUAGAACUUUUUUUUCCAAGUAAAAAAUCUUACUCAGAACCCCUACACACACGUGCUGCACAGGCAUCCACACACACCCCCACCCCACUAUAUAGCAUUAUAAAUUUCCUUAUAUAAACUUUAUACACCAUAAUAAGUAAAUAUUUAUGAAGUCAACCAACAAAAACGUGUUAAUACACUGGUGAUUACCAGUAUAUUGGAAAUUGAUGCGUAAUACAGUUGUAUGAUGGGACUUUUUUUCUCCAAAAAAAUUUUAAUUAAAUUCAAGUCAAAAUCCAGAACUCUGAAUCUCCCCCGUGGAUUCUUACUACUCCAUGGACUAUAUUUUGUAAACCUUGAGAUAGAGAACCCUCUGAGGUGUUUUCUAGCGCUAAGAUUUUAAAUUGUCUUUUUGGAUUAGAUUUGCUGGAUCUCAUUCAGAUCGCCCAAUUUAAGAAUGUUUCUGAAAAUGAACAAAGUUGCUCUACAGAUUUUUGGAUCUUUCCAGGUGUAGCCAAUGAUUUUAUCCCCCAGAAUCCUUCACCUUUCAAGGAAUUAUUUAACAGUGAGGCCAGUGACUUGAUAUGGCCCAAACCUUUUUAUUUUCCAAUAUAAGCUCCAAGACACUAACUGAUCUACUGUGAAAUAUGUUUUUACUAGCCUUAUCCAAUAAUGAGCACAGUUUUUUGCUUACUCCAUUAAACUGGGUGAUAAUUCUUCAGAUGUGAAUGUUAGGUAGGUUCUAUUGUAAUAACUAAUCAUAAAAGUUGUAAAUUUGUUUAAUGGAUGAAGUGUAUAUGUUUUGUAUUCUGUACAGCUUGUCUUUUUUAAAUAUGAAGUACUUAAAUGCACUUACUAUGAUAGGAAAUAUGUGUGCCUUCUAGAAUUUAUGCAGUUUCAUGAACUCUUAAGAAAUUUGUUUUAUAAGUUAUAAAGUUUCCCUAUCUUAACUCAGUAACAAAGAGUUUACUCAUAAUAAUGUGGAACUUUGAUUUGAGAAAGUGGAUUUGACUGUGUACUGAAUUUAGAAGUUGACAAUAAUAGUAUCUGUUUUAUUCUUAGGGCAGACUGACAUAUUGUGCAAUAAAUAAUCUUUAGCAAGUAAA